AUGCCCGCGACGGAUUUUUCGUUUCAAAAAGUGAACCUGAUGACCCCAGAGAUGAGCGUCCAGAAGCACGCGAAGAAGUUGACCAAGCGCAUUUCCUGGGGCAAUUGGCACAUCCCUCGCACUCAACGUUGCCAGUUCGUUUUCAGCCAAAUUGCAAGUGAUGGCAUUUCCUUGCGCAUUAUCAUCGACACUGCUUUCGAUAGUGGGCUGAAGGGCGACAGCAAUGCAUUGAUGGAGCUCAUGCGGCACGCUGUUGAAUGUGGCCACCAGCUCGUUAUCGUCACCCAUUCACACGAGGUGACCACAGAGAUCGACAACCUGAAUGGCGUGCGCACAAAAAUUGCACCCCAGCAAGACGGCAAGCGCGCAGAAGAUUUCCGGCAGUCAGAAGACCUCGCCCAUCAAUACCUGAAUAGGGAAUGGUUGGAUGCCACCAAGAUGCGCGAUGGGCCUGGUGGAUGGAGCAUGCGUGGCUAUCUCAGUCUCGGUGAGGCACCACCCACACGAGGCAGGCUUCGAGAUGUUUGGCGUUCUGCGAGGCUCUGCAGGUCCGAUCACGGGCAGAGGAGUGGCUCCGGGAGGUCUCCGCCAAGCUGGCCCAAGGAGGAGUCUGAGGGCGAGGAUGAGCUGGAGCCGGCGCUUAAGGUGUCCUUUCAGGACCACCCGAGACUCAAUGAUGUGAACGACUUGAAGACAGCCAUCCAGCAGACGAGCCCCGAUCUCAAGGACAUCUCUCCAAGGCUGGAGCUUGGCAACGCGUCAAAGACGAAUCGGAAGUCCUGCGUCAGAUACGGGGUCGGCUGUUUACUUCCAGGUGCCUGA